AUGUCAAGUGUAGUAGAUCAAAAGCAACAAAAGGUCAUAUUGUUCGAAGAAAACGGUGAAUCAUUAGAUGUUCUUCAGUAUAAAGAUGUUCCGGUGCCUACGUUGGAAUCUCCUACUGACAUUAUUGUCCGAAACAGAUAUAGUGGUAUUAAUAUGAUUGAGUCGUAUUUUAGAAAAGGAAUAUAUCCAACAGAGAAACCGUACAUCUUGGGGAGGGAAGCUUCUGGAGAAAUUGUUGCUGUUGGAUCUGAUGUCAAUGAGUAUCAUGUUGGCGAUAAAAUUGCUUACUUAUCAGGAAGAACCUUUGCACAGUAUACCAAAGUCGAUUCAAAGACCACAAACAUUGUGAAAUUGAAACCUGAUGUCACUGAUGAAGAAUUAAAGUUUUAUGGAGGGUUAUUACUUCAAGGCUUGACUGCAUUGACUUUUAUCAACGAGGCAUACUACGUGAAGAAAGGUGAUUAUAUCUUGGUCUGGGCUGCUGCAGGAGGAGUUGGCAAAUUGCUCGUUCAGUUAAUUUCUCAAAGAGGAGCUCAUGUCAUUGCAAUUGCUUCGACAGAUGCCAAAUUAAAACUUGCAAAGGAGUUAGGAGCAGAUUAUGUGAUUAACUCCUCAAAUGAAGACAUUGCUAAAAGAGUCCACGAAAUUACAAGUGGCAAAGGGGUUCAAUGUUCUUUCGAUAGUAUUGGUAAAGACAGUGUCGAUAUUUCUAUUGAUUCUUUGGCAAGAAAAGGAACAUUUGUUAGUUAUGGAAACGCAUCAGGUCCAGUUCCUCCCUUCACGAUUUCACGCUUGUCACCAAAAAACCUUAAGCUUUUAAGACCGGUACUUUUUGGCUACAUUAAUGAUCCAGAAGAUUGGAAAAAAUAUUCGACAGAGCUUUUGCAAUUAAUUGAAGAUAAGAAAUUGAAAGUUGAUAUUACAAAAGUAUAUCCUCUUUCAGAUUAUAAAGAUGCAGCGCAAGAUUUAGAAGGCAGGAAAACAACUGGAAAGCUUGUAUUAAAAAUUCCUUAA